AUGAAUACCAACCCCCUUUUCGGUCCGAGCUGGGAUCUCAAUAGGUGGACCGACUCUGACGAUCGCGUACGUGGCGGAUCAUCGGUGUCAGAACUCGUCCCUUCCACAGACGGGGUUUUCUUCCGCGGCAACCUCGACAUUGAAACCCUCGGCGGUGCUGGAUUUGCCUCUCAACGGACAGUUGGACAAGACGAAAUUUGGGAUCUCGCCGGAAACGAUGGCAUUGAACUUGAUGUUGUUCCCUUGGACGGGAAACGCUACACCUUCUCCUUGACAGACGAAAUCCCAGAGCGAAGACGAGAUGGUCGUGAACAAAGUGCCCUGGUUUGGGAAUAUGAUUUCUGCGCCAGCGAUGCUGGGACAACUGUGCGCAUACACUGGAAGGAUCUGAGAGCAACAUACCGAGGGAGGCAGGUAGAAAAUGCGAGACCUUUGGACCUCUCACGCAUCAGAAGAUUCCGGAUCAUGGCCAGAAGGUAA